GCGGCACAUUGUUCAAUAUAUGAAAACUGUCAGUUAACGUCAGUUGUUAGCUUCGGUUCUGUUAAAAGCGGCCGUUCGUUCGUUGUUAAGUGAAGAACUGGAGGCGGUUAUUACUUUUAAUAAGCGGUAUCAGAGCACCGUCACAGCGCUGUCUGAGCCUCCCUGGCGGCUGGCGCCCUUUGUAACUCUCUAACGUGAAUGACUGUGUGUGUUUCUAGUUUCUUCACUCCAGCUACUGACUCCCAUGACUCCAGGAACUGUCUGAUUCUGGAUCUGUCAAGCAGGAAUAGGACAGGCCCAAGCAGAAAGAGAUGAGCUGGGCUGAGGAGGACUGGACGGUGGGGCUGUCUGGACGGGUCCUGCAAAAGGUGAAGGAACAGCAGAUCCAUCAUGAGCGGCUGUCCAGAGAAAACAAGCAGAAACAGCUGCAGUUGGACAACAUCCAUACUACCCUCGAAAAACAGACUGUGAAGUAUGAGGAGGUGCGUGGGGAGCUCCAUUCUGUGCAGAGAGAGCUCCAGAGGGUUCGAGAUGAGGCCAAGACAGCAGUGACCAGCCGGGAGCGUCUGACCCAGGAGCUUCAGACCAAACAGGCCCAAGUGUGCUCAUUCGAGGGCCAGCUAGAUGCAGCUCGCACCCUCAACAACAGACUUACCCACGAAGUCAAAAGGCUGGAGGCAGAGCUAGAGAAGCUGCAGAACAGCAGCAUGUCAGCAGAUACCACUCUGUUUUCUACGCCCUGUUGGAAUACAGCCUCGCCCUGGGAAAACAAUGGGAGCAGAAGAGAUGAGAGGCCAGGGCAUAGAGAUGAAGGACAGAGCCGGGCACCUAUCCGACAGCGCCUCCAGUUCUCUGAAGUGGCCACAGCCUCGUUACCACGACAGCAACACAAGAACACACCCCACCGCCAUCCAUCUGACCAAUCAGACUCCUUUUCCACUCCCUUGGCUGCGUUUCCGUGGGAACGGGAUGACUCGAGGUCGGCAGCCAGGAGACGAUCCCCGCCCUCUCCCCAGACGCCUUGCACUGAUGUCAUUAGUCAAGUCCAGUCAGAGCAGUGGAUGUGUGGGAAGGAGAAGGACUACAGAACAGAAACAGACAAAUCUUUAUCAGCAUUACGGAGUCGAGUGUCUGCUCUUGAGGAGGAGCUAUGUGCAAAGGCUGGGAUGUUGAAGUCUGUUCAGAACGAAAUGGUGCAAAGCAAGAAGGAGCUUGCCGCCAAGGAGCUCAGUGCUCAGAGAGCCCGUGAUGAGCUCAGCCUGGCACACACACGCAUAGCCCAGGAGAGUGACCGGGCAUCAGGAGCUGAGCAAAGGCUGAAGCAGCUACAGGAGGAGCUGAAGUGUCAGAGGCAAAAUGCAGAGAGCAGCCGACUGCAACACCAACAACGCUCUAAAGAGCUGGAGAAACAACAUCAGAGGGAUUUGACAGAGCUUCAGAAGGAGAGGCAGUGUCUGGAGAGGCAGCAUCAGCAGGAGGUGAAUAAGCUCAACCAGGAGCUCCAGCAGGCCAGGACACUCCACAAUGCCCUACAGGCCCAGGCUGACAAGUUGUCUCUACAGAAGCAGACAUUGGACAAAGAAUUGGACUCUCUGAAAGAGAAACUGAGGUGGACAGAGGGACAGCUGCAGGAGAGCCAGAAGAAAGAGACGCAGACACAAGCCAAACUGAUGGAAGCGAUGCGUGAGGCAGAGGGCGUGGCAGUGAGUCUGGAGCAAAGCAGGAAGAAAGAACGAGCUCUAGAGGAGGAGGGGAGGAGACUGGCAGAGGAGCGAGCCGACGCACUUCGUCUCCUCAAAGAACUGCAGGACCAAAAAGCUGCCCCAACACCCCUUGUACAACCUGUCCAGUUUUGCCCUGUUGUACAGAGCUUCUCCCCUCAGCCCUCUUACUCUCUUCAUUCUCGACCAUCAACUCCCAUCAAGAGGCCCACGGCUGCCACCCUAGCCGAGCAGAAGAGAGAAGAGGACGUGGAUAAGAGAAAGGCAGAGAUUACCACGUCUUACCCCUCUGACAGAGAGCCAGGAGAAGGCAUUGACUCGGAACACAUCACUGUACUUAUUUCACAAGACUCUGAGUGUUUACAAAGGGCAGGACUCAAAAGAAAAAGUAAUGAGGAGAACAAGAGCAAUAAUGAGAUGAUAGAAAGUGACAGCUCUGGAACAAAUAAACACUCCACAUUUGAUCAUGGACUCUCUCGUUCCUCUCACUCUGCUGCUGGUACACCCACUAACAACUCUAUUGAUGGUGAUGGUUGCAAAUUGAUGCUGUCAGCUGAAAAGGCACCUUCUCUCACGUCCGAUCAGGCCAAGACCUCUGAAGACCUCAAGAGGGAGAAUGCCACACUGCGUUCAGAGCUACAUGAUGCACGUGAAGAACUGCAGAAACGACUUGAGGACCUGGAAGCCCAGCGACGGGCAGAAACAGAAGCCAGGACCCGGCUCAAACAGCUCAGCCGCAAACAUGCCAGCCAGUCUGUGGAGAAGGAGGAGCAGGACAAGGAAUGGAGGGCACAGCUGGAAAGUGAGAAGGCUGAGACGGAGAGGUUGAGGAAGGCCAUGGCUGCUUUGGAGACAGAGAUAAAGAGAGGAUGGGAGGAAAGGGAAAAGAAUAAGAGAGAGGAGCAUGAGGAGGAGAAAAACAAAGCACUAGUAGACCGUGAAAGUGAAAUGACAGAGCUUAAUAUCCAGCUAAAGAAACAGCUAGCAGAGGUGAAGGCCCAGCUGGCAUUAGAACGAGAAGAGAGGAAGAGAGAGGAAGAGGAGAGGGGCCAAAUAACAAACACAGACAUAGAUAUAAAGAAGGAGCUGAGCACGAAACUGGAAGAACUUCAAGCCGAAUUGGAAGAACUAAAGCGCAGCAGACAAGAGGACUCCUUAGAAGAGGAGAAACUCACAGUUGCCAACAGCCCGCUGACAUACCUGACUCUCCAUGAUGAUGAACUCAACUCCAACAUGGUUUGCAGUGACAGCAAGUUCCUCCCUUCACCAGAACAGCACCUCCUCUUCUGCCAGUCCACCAACCAACGCAACAUGCUUGUAUCUCAGGCAACAGGAGAUCUCAUUCAGGAAGAGCGAACAGUGAUAGAUCCUGAACACUCACCUCAAGUGGCCUCUGACCUGGAAGACAUCAGACAAAACUAUCUGGUAGGGUCUUCUCUGUCAGACCACAGAAAGGCACUUUCUGACGUUCAGAAGGAUGACCCUGCCUCCUCAGAUUUGACAAAAGAGGUGAAGCGCCUACAGAAGGAGAAUGCAAAGGAGACAGAACGUGCUAACCUGUACCAGGUUAAACUGGAGGCCCUGCAGAGCCAGGUGACACGUCAGACCCAGCAGCUAACGAUGGCCUUUGAGAAGCAGAGUCUGCACAUCUCUGGCCUUCUAGCUGAGCUGCAAGAGAAAGAAGGGGCCCUCUUCAGCCAGGGAGAGGAACUGCAGCGCUACAAACAGGAGCUAGAUGCACUCAAGGCCCAAAAAGAGAGAGAGGAGAUGACAGUUCAAGAGGUAGAGGAUGGAGAACAAAAAGAAGAGGCGCAAGGUGAUAGGUUGGUGGAGAUCUCAGGGCUUCAGCCAAACCAUGGAAAGGAGUGUGCUAUCUCCUUUCUCACUACAAACUCACCGGCAGACAGUGACUCUAAUGCACAGAGUUAUGUAGGUCAGCCAGAGAUCGGGACAUCUGCUGCUGAAAGGCCAACACCUAUUAGUGACAAUGAAGCAUUAUGGUCAGGAGAACAGCAUCCAAGCUCUGUAGAGUCAGACAAGACUCAGACCAAACAUGACUCUGUGUAUGUGAUGGGAGAGACUGAGUGUGAUCAAGAUAGAGGAACAGCAGACAUGGUUGCAGAACUGCUUGCUCUCCGACAGGAGAAUCAGCUCUUGAAACAAAGAAUAUUGGGCUUGACCAUUUCAGACACCAGCAUCCCAGUCUUACACACUGCCAGUGAAAACCAAGAUGACCCAGUCAGGCAAAGCCAAAACAGAGUAAAUGCUGCUCUGUCCUGUUUGGCUGAGCUGAACGACAUUACUGCUGAGGCACAACAGUCACCGCUGAAGAAGGUGAAGAGGAGUCAAGAUGAAGGAGGGGAUUUAGAAGGGGAAGAUGGGAGGACUACGAGGACUGAAGAAGAGCUGGAGGCAGUGUGUCAGCUUCAGAUUAAGCACCUACAGCAACAGGUGGUGGAGCUGCAGAUGAAGGUACGGGCUCUCUCCAAGGAGACCCAACAGCAGGCCGAAGAGCUUGCAAUGUGGAGACUGGCCUCCCAAUCAGCCCCAACAUUUGAUCAGUUCCUUCCCAACACAGACACCCAGUCUGAGGUCCAGGAACAGAUUUCUGCUGUCAGACAGUCCCAGUCAAACCAGCAGACUGAUGAUUUGGUCCACAUAAUACCAGGAAUACAGAACCAGGCUCUGACUGUCCAGGCCCAGUUUCAGGCACCUUACCUGGGUGUUCAGGAGAGCCCUGGUAAUGUGACAGUCAUCAGAGAAGAUGAGUUACUCCUCUCCCACUCCUCCAAUAAACUGCAGGGCCGCAUGGUGUUCUCCAGACUGCAGCAGAGCAACCUUUCUGAACCAAAGAGUCCCCAUUCCUCCAAAAUGACAGCACUUCAGGAAUACAAUCAGGAUACUGCCAAGAUUGAUGAGGACUCUGAAAAAGAAAACCAGGAGAUUGACGUCUUACAUCAGUCAAAUAGCUGUCAAACACAACACAAAGAGAGGAGUGAUACUGAAGUUAUCCAGAUCUCAUCUGAGAAAACGGGUCAACAUGUCACCAAAGACAAAGUCUCAGGACCAAAGCAGACCAUAACAGCCGAGUUUCAAAUUGGGAAGCUUGAGGCUGAACUAGAUGCCUCCAGAGAAACCUGUGAAAUAAACGUAACCAAUGAUUCCUCAGACGGAGAUGCCAGGACAGAAGUGAAAAGUGUCAGCAGUCAAACAGAGGAGAGUUUAUAUCCUCGCUGUGCUCCAACGGCAUCUGAACUCCACUGUGCAUACACACAGACUGAGGAGAUGGAAGAAGAGUUGAUGGAAUCCCCCUCUGUGUCUCCUGCCCCGUUAUCUGAUGGUGCUAGUUUAGGAGACAAGAUGUUGUUUUCAGGUUCUUUCCCCAUCCCAGCUGACCCAGCCCGUCUAGCUGAAAGAAUCCGCCGUAACAGGACACAGCUGUCAGCUGCCUUUGAUGACACAGAGUAUGAACCCUAUGGACUGCCGGAAGUCGUCAUGAAAGGUUUUGCAGACAUCCCCAGUGGUCCCUCAUGUCCCUACAUUGUGAGAAGAGGUUUGUUAGGGACUACUGUCGUACCUGCCCCUCAGAAAAACCAGGGACGGGAGGAGGAGGAGACAGAUUAAAACACAACUACAGAUGUGGUGGAAAGAACUGAUCGCUGUGGCUUGACAAUGAACUUCAGGGAUGGACGGUAGCAGCUGUACAGGGACUCUCCAUUCACCAGCACCAGCUGAAACACUCCAAAGCCAACACAGGACCAGUUUAAAAAGUGCUGCAGUCACUCAUGGACUCAUAUGUGCAGGUAACUCGGCCUGCACUGACAGAAUAAACAGCCCCACUGUGGGUCUAAAAUGUCUUAAUGGUCACUAGUUUAUCCUCUAAUUGCUGUGUGGAGACUUUGCUAAUGCUGUCAUUUUACACCCAGCUGUAUAUUUUAGGAACAGAGGUAGUGAUUUACUGAUGUUUGUUGAUGUUGAAGUUAACAACCACUUUUCCAAAGGGACUGUUUAUUUUUUAGUAACUCAGAAUUAAGUUAUGGGUUAGCUUACUUUGAAUGAAACAGUGCCUAGUCGAUGCUUUUCUAAGCAAGUGCUUAUCAAGAUAAGUUUGACUUGUUUUCCAGAAGGGUGAAGCCAAGAGAGGCCUGUUGUGAAAAUGUGAUAUAUAUAUAUAUAUAUAUUUUUUUUCUUCUUUUAUUUCUUGAGGUGGCUUAUUUAUGGACACUUGAAUGUGUUUUAGUAGAAGGCGGGUGUUUACAAAAAAUGUGUGAAAGCAUGGUGAGUGUGUGUGUGAGACGUUGUAGCAUGUGUGUCCUCAUUUUGAUGUUACUGUUUGUAUAUGUGUGUGUGGGAGAGAGAGAGAGGGAGAGAGAGAGAGAGAGAGGGGCGAGCAUGACUCAGUCUAACCUGCAUUGGUUUCCGCUCCAUGUAUGGUGAUACACACUGCGCUCUCUCUCCUUCGGUUGCUUUGCUUCUCUGUCUUACACUAACGAGCACUCAGUGGUCAGCUCUGUGAUGAAUUUACGAUAAACUAACAUUUGAAGCUUUAUUUUAUUAGUAGAAUAUACCGAUAAAUUCAGUUGGUUUCUUAUACUUGACCGAAUAUAAUUUAUUGUAUUGAUGUUACUGUUUUUGGUUCUUGCACAUUUGCUACUGUGCGUCAGUGGCCCACAUGUAUGUACACUGUGGAUUUUUUUUUUAUUGUUAAAUUUGAAAUUUAUGUACAGUUUGUAUUAUCUCCUGUGACAGAGAAUCUCAUCACUUUGCUUGCUUACCAGGUUACACCAGUCAGUCAGAGGAUAGGUUCACCUUUUUUCAAGUCCAUCUGAAAACUAUACUCACAAGCCCACAUGUAUAUUGACAGUUACUGGUUGUUAUAAUUGUUUCUCAUGUACAAACUGGCAGUGAAGAGAUCUUUUUUUAAAGCAAUUAAAAUGUAAAUGACAGGCGCAACAUCCACAGUCCUCAUUCUGUGUAAAAAAAACACUUUUAGUAGAAGCUCAAGUGAACUUUCUGUGCAAAAUAUUUUGUCUUAAAGCUUGGUGGCGUAGUGGUUAUGCUCACAGGACUAGUUGAAGAAAGUUGGUGCUAGUCAGUCUCAAUCGCUCCAAGAGAUUUUCUCUAUUUUUAUCCUGGUAUAUCCUUAGCCAAAUCAAGUGGGUAUCAUCCAAAGUUGCAGUCUUUAUAGUAUAGUCUUUAUAAAAUCUAGUCUCUUUAUGUUUCUACCAAACAGUGCAUGGAAUUGAUACUAAAUCAACGGUAAAUUUGGAAGAUACCUGCUUGAUUUGUCAAACUCGGACUGCUGAAUCCUUAUACUAUACUGUCAGAAGUAGAGCUGAGUGUUUUGCCUCCCAGUAAUUGCACUCAGAUUGCUUAAAGAAAGUUUCUUUGAGGCCAGUUUGGAAAGAGAGAACAGUUAAGGCAUCUGUUAAUUCCUUCAAUUUACAUAUUGUCAUUUGAGUAUUAUUUUAAGACAAACCUGGAAAAGUGUUAAUCUGUCCUUUGAAACCUUGUUGAGCUCUGUUUCAGUGACUUUUGAGAUUAUUUGAGUUGAAGGUUUAUCACAUAUUUGUUUAAAAAGUUGUUUUAUGUUAAAUUUUAUUUAGAGGUGGAAUUGUUCUCUUAUGGCCUUGGUUUGUUAACUUGGUCAGAACAGUGUGCACUGUUACUGCCCUGACUCGAUGCCAUCGCCAUUCAUUUACCAUGUUGACACACUCACACACACACUCUUCCCCUCCCUUUCAGCUGCCUUCACAUCUCUGGGAUUUGUAGUCUUUUGGCAGUGAGGUGUGAUCGUCCGAGAGGAGCUCAUUGUGUAUUGGUUGCCUUGUUUUGGACACUUUGAUGUGAAUGUAUCUGUGUCGUGUUUGCGGCUAAAAUAAAAGGUUUGCU